UGUAGGUAUGGGACUGUUGCGAUGGAUUUGAGGUCUGCUAUCUACUAUUUGUGAUUGGACACGAGGUGUUAAAGGGGUGUGAGAAGCGGCUUGGAGGAGGGGGGGGUGCACUGUCCUUCUCGCAUCCCGUAUGCUUUCUCUUCUCUUACUCCCGACAUAGGCUACCUCCAGUCUCCAGCCGAAGCUUUCCAUAUUGCGCACAGGACGGAUUGAGAUGUGACUCAAAAUACGCACGACUGGAAUACGAUUCUGAGGCAGUUGGAGGAUUAUAACCUCUUGGUAAAUGCAAAUGAAAGAGAAGCAGCAGCGCGGCUUUGCCAUGCCAGCGGAAUUCCUUCUGAUUCUGUGCGUGCUAACCACGGUUUACGCAGUGGAAGAGACGGUGAUGGACACCCGCACAGCCACCGCUGAGCUGGGAUGGAUAGCCUAUCCUGCCUCAGGGGUGAGCCCUCUUUUCCUCCGAGUCUCUAACCCUCUCCCUCCUCCUCACAGCCCUGCAGUGCACCGCACACUCAGCCCGAGCAUGCCCCCAGGGACGUUCAAGUCCAGCCAGGGGGCGGGGCUGUGCCUGCAGUGCCCGCUCAACAGUCGCUCCACCGUGGAGGCCGCCACCAUCUGCGGCUGCCGCAACGGCUAUUACCGCGGCGACAUGGACCAGCCCGAGGCCGCGUGCACUAGUGUUCCCUCAGGACCCCGCAACGUCAUCUCACUGGUCAACGAGACGUCCGUCAUCCUGGAGUGGAACCCGCCCCGCGAGACCGGCGCCCGCGGCGACCUUACCUACGACAUCCUGUGCAGGAAGUGCCGCGGCGGCGGCGGCGACCGGCGGGGGCCGUGCUCGCCGUGCGACGACAACGUGGACUUUGUGCCGCGGCGUCUGGGCCUGACGGAGGCGCGCGUGGUCAUCAGCAACCUGUGGGCGCACACGCCAUACGCCUUCGACGUCCAGGCCCUGAACGGCGUGAGCAAGAAGAGCCCGUACCCCCCCCAGCACGUCACCAUCAACAUCACCACCAACCAAGCCGCUCCUUCCACGGUUCCCAUCAUGCACCAGGUGAGCUCCACGAGCCGGAGCUUCACGUUGUCAUGGCCACAGCCCGAGCAGCCUAACGGCAUCAUCCUGGAGUACGAGCUGCGCUACUACGAGAAGGACUCCAGUGAGGGGAACUCGUCGGUGGUGCGUAGCCAGCCCAGCACGGUGCGUCUGGAGGCCCUCAGGCCGGGGACCAUGUACGUGGUGCAGGUGCGGGCCAGGACCGUGGCUGGCUUCGGCAAAUACAGCAGCAAGAUGUACUUCCAGACCCUCACAGAUGAUGAGUACAAGUCAGAGCUGAGAGAACAGCUUCCUCUGAUUGCUGGCUCUGCAGCUGCGGGAGCUGUCUUCCUCGUUUCCCUGGUGGCUAUCUCGAUCAUCUGCAGCAGGAAAAGAGCUUACAUGAAGGAGACCGUGUACAGCGACAAACUGCAGCACUACAGCGCAGGCAGAGAGCUAACCCUCAGACCGGACCUGUCCAACUGCCCCUCCCCCAUGGGAUGCCCCACCCACUUUUCGGGGUCGCCGGGGGUCAAGAUCUACAUCGACCCGUUCACCUACGAGGACCCCAACGAGGCGGUCCGCGAGUUCGCCAAGGAGAUCGACGUGUCCUUCGUCAAGAUCGAGGAGGUCAUCGGAGCAGGUGAGUUUGGGGAGGUGUACAAAGGGCGUCUGAAACCAGCUGGGAAGAGGGAGAUGUCGGUGGCCAUCAAGACCCUGAAGUCGGGCUACUCUGAGAGACAGAGGCGGGACUUCCUGUCGGAGGCGUCGAUCAUGGGCCAGUUCGACCACCCCAACAUCAUCCGUCUGGAGGGCGUGGUCACCAAGAGCCGCCCGGUCAUGAUCAUCACCGAGUUUAUGGAGAACGGGGCGCUGGACUCUUUCCUCAGGCAGAAUGACGGGCAGUUUGCGGUCAUCCAGCUGGUGAGCAUGCUGCGUGGCAUCGCCUCAGGCAUGAAGUACCUGGCAGAGAUGAACUACGUCCACCGUGACCUGGCCGCACGGAACAUUCUGGUCAACAGCAACCUGGUGUGUAAGGUGUCCGACUUCGGCCUGUCUCGCUAUCUCCAGGACGACACGUCAGACCCCACCUACACCAGCUCGCUGGGAGGAAAGAUCCCUGUGAGAUGGACUGCCCCGGAGGCUAUCGCGUACAGGAAGUUCACCUCAUCCAGCGACGCUUGGAGCUACGGCAUCGUCAUGUGGGAAGUGAUGUCGUUUGGCGAGAGACCCUACUGGGACAUGAGCAAUCAGGACGUAAUUAAUGCCAUAGAGCAGGACUACAGGCUCCCCGCCCCGAUGGACUGCCCCACAGUGCUGCACCAGCUCAUGCUGGACUGUUGGCAGAAGGAGAGGAACGCCCGGCCCAAGUUCCCCGACAUCGUCAACACCCUGGACAAGAUGAUUCGCAAUCCCACCUGCCUCAAAGCUGUGGCCACCAUCACUACCGUGCCUUCCCAGCCCCUGUUGGACCCCUCCGUCCCAGACUUCAGCAGUGUAACCUCAGUGGAGGAGUGGCUGAGGGCCAUCAAGAUGAGCCAGUAUCGAGACUCCUUCCUGGGGUCAGGGUUCACCUCCCUGCCCCUGGUCACCCAGAUUACUCCAGAAGACCUGCAGAACCUGCAGAGGAUAGGCGUGUCCUUGGCCGGCCAUCAGAAGAAGAUUUUAACCAGUGUCCAGUCCAUGAGAGGUCAGACGCUCCAGUCGCCCACUCCUAGCAUCUGACCACAGGGGGCCAGGGGGCCAGGUGAAAGAAGGAGCAGCAAAGUCUUGACUGACCUGAGUGAUCUGUGUGUGUAGAGGCCAAAACAGUCCUCCACAGACCUGCCAAUGCAUCAUGAGACCCCCCCCCCUCACACACACACACACACACACACACACACACACACACACACACACCCUUGUAGAAUAAAAACUCGGGGGAAACCGCAACGUGAACUUCCAAACCCACCCGUGGAUCAGUGAAUGCCGGCGAGGAGAACCUCAGAGGCUGGUGUCUAGAAGCUACGGCGGGAUCUAAGGAAUCAACCCCCCCCCAACCCCCCCUGCCUGCGCUGUUGUUCCUUCUGCUUCAGCUGAGCUAUGAACGCAGCCCACUGGUUUACUGCCUUCCACGCUGCGACCCCCAGCCAGGGCUGCUGGCUUCCAGCGUAGAGGGCCACCUGCUGAGCGACCCUUGAUGUUUACCGACAGAUGCAGACUGCCCAGGACACGUCUCGCAAAAUAGCAGGAAAGAAGUGAAGAAACGAAGAGAGGAAAUGAAAGGGGAGAAGGGUAGAAGGAGUGGGAAAGAUGGGAGUAAAAGUGAAGCGAUGAGGAGAAAAGCCUGCUUUGAAGGUUAACAGUUGGAUCGGAUGAGGUCCAUCUCCAAACGACAACAAACAAACUAUAUUUAUUAAUGAAACAUCUGGACAAGCAGAUGAACGACUGAAUAUUUAUAUGAAUCUUCACAUUGAAGAAUUAUGUAGAUGAUGUAAAUAGAUGUUAUUUUUCUGUGUGUGUUCGUGGGCACACCACAGAAUUCUUAAUCUGUGGGUUCUUGAAAGUACUGUAGUUCAACAUUUCGGUAGAAUCAUCUGGAAAUUCCGUCCAGUUGAGGGUAGAAGGGUCCCAGAGUCUGACCAAUGGGACUUCAAAGCAUUGUACAGACACUGAUUAUAUUUAAAUAUGUACAUCUCUUUUUUUAUGUUUCCACUCGUCACAUUUCUAGACACGUUUUCUUUGUGAGUGAAGAUUUCAAGUGUUAUGCAUUGACUAGUGUUUGACCCAGCGAAGGGGGGAGGGGAAAGGAGGACUGUACAGAAAGUGAAAGCUUUAGGACUCAGCUCCCUGAUGGACAUUAAGGUCCUGAAUGAAUCAGUCUUCACCCCACUACUCUUUUAACAACAUUUUGAUAUGAAAGGAACAUCACAUGAAACUUCCCUACACACCUCCUCCAAAAGCAAGUAAUCCCAGAUUACAAGGCAUUCUAAAAAGAUAAAUAAUAAUAAAUAAUCCCUUUUCACAUCUUAACCCUUGUGUUCUCUUCGGGUCAUUCUGACCCAUCAGUCAUUGUUACCCACCGUCGUAUUGUGACAACUUU